AUGCAGGUCCCCAACUCCCUCACAGACGCCACCACCCUGGCCAUCCUCCUUCUCCUCACCAACCCCAUCGCCAGUGUUAUCAGUGUUGCCGCCGUCCCGAACGACACCUACUGGCGCGCCAACGAGUACACCACCAGCGCGUGCGCGAGCCCCAUCAGCAUCGCGCACGACCUGGCCGUCGUCGAGAUCGCCAACUCGACGCGCGCCGUCGACACCGCCACGCCCAACGACGCCGUCGCCGUCUGGCAGGUUUUCGCCGAGUAUAACCACAGCAGCGGGCGGUGUGCUGGGUUCCUGCUGGGUGAGAUGCCGGGCGGGUGUUGGGAUUUGAGUAGGUUUGAGGUUGAGGCUAACGGGGGGAGGGUUGGGUGUUUGUAUCCUAAUUAUCGGUUGGGGGAGUAA